UUAAAAGCAUGGACGAACUUUACAUCAUUAUCAAUAGUUGAAACUUCUGCGCCUCGUUUACUGGUAAAUUUUAGGUCGUCAAUCAAUAAUGGCUGGCUUAGAGAUUCUCUCUCCCGAAGGACUACGUCUCGAUGGCCGGAGACCCCACGAACUUCGGAAGAUGGUGUGUAGAAUGGGGGUUUUCAAGCAAGCGGGUGGUUCAGCGUACAUCGAGAUGGGAAACACCAAGGCAUUAGCUACAGUUUAUGGUCCUCAUGAAGUUACAAACAAGUCUAAAAUCCUACACGACCGAGUGCUGCUAAAUUGUCAGUUUAGUAUGGCGACGUUCAGUACAGGAGAACGAAAGAAAAGACCAAAAGGAGACAGGAGAUCCACAGAAACGUCCAUGCUUAUAAGACGCACAUUUGACGCCGCUAUUUUAACACAGUUGUAUCCUCGCUCACAGAUAGACAUUUAUGUGCAGAUACUUCAGGCUGAUGGUUCAAACCAAAGUGCUUGCAUCAAUGCAGCUACCUUAGCUCUUAUUGAUGCUGGAAUUCCGAUGAAGGAUUACAUCAGUGCUUGCACAGUUAGUUUUGUCAAUGACACCCCACUGAUGGACAUUAACUACUUAGAAGAAAGCUUUGGAGGGCCACAACUUAGUCUGGCUGUGUUACCAAAAUCUGGAAACAUUGUCAUGUUCCAAAUGGAUUCCAGACUUCAUGUUGAUAACUUGGAAAAAGUACUAGACUUGGCAAAGAAAGGGUGCAGUGAUAUCCACAUCUUACUUCGACAAACUGUGCGUGAUUAUUCUCAAGAGUGUGUGGCUACUUUAGCCAGUAAUUAACAUCUCAUCCUAGACUUUAGCCCUUACACUGUGCCAUGCAAAUAUCCAGUUUUUAACCCCAACUAACAUGAGUGACCAAGACAGAAUUUCUCCAUAAAAUAUCAAUAUAAUGUUAAGCAGAAAAGUGACGAGUGAAAAGAAAAAUAUCAAUUAGGGGAUUAUUAGGUGAUCAAAUACCAACUUCUCCAAAACAACAUUCUAAGAAUUGUAUCGCAGACAGUAAGGAGAAUUACUAAUCAGAUCUUGGGAGUCUAUAGGGCGUAACAUGGCUGUGCACUGUUUGAAAUAUUGCACUGACUUUUUACCCUAAAGAGAUUACAAAAGACCUCCAAUUCUUAUUCAUAUUUUACAGCUAGUGAACUUCUGGGCACAAACUCUAAAAAUUUACAUAUGGUUAGUUUUAAUUUCGAAGAGGGUGAAAAAAACAUAGUGACUCAAUUACGAUUUAUUAUAUAAUUCUUAUUGUUAUACAUUUUAGUCACCAUCUGUCUUCUCAUUGGCUAAACGCCCACAGUUAAUUCUUGGAAACAGCGCAACCUACAGAUUAGUGAAUAAUCUGUAGGUUGAGCACACAAUGCAUGAUUUCAGGCAGAGCAAUGUCACGUUCACAGACAGCAAAGUAAGAAUGGGUUCUCGAUUCGCUUCAUUGACCCAGCGAGAAAUUGAGAAAUAACUUGAAGAUGAAAAUU